AGUCAAAAUGAUCAACUUACAAACGAACUACAAUAAUGCAAUAAAUCAAAUUACACAGACAUAUCAAAUUUAGACAGAACAUCACAAUAAAUGAUACUGACUGCAAUGUAAUUUCAGCUACGUGUUCUUGUGCAGGGAUGUCCAAGUGGGUGUGGAGGUAGAGUAAGUUCACACAAGGAUUGUAAGAAGCUUUGUAAAUGCUGAACUGAGCGCAACUCAGAACAAUUCUCCGUUGUUAAUCGUGAAAUGCGGAGGUUCGUUUCUUACUCCAAUUUUCUCACUUCCUUUCACUCACUCUCUUCGUUUAGGGUUUUCUCUUGCUCUGUACAUCAAUUCAUUCCCAAUAACUCUAAUGUUGAUGAUGCCGUUUUCUCAUUCCAUCGCAUGCUAAAUAUGCGCCCUACUCCAUCCAUAGUUGAAUUUAACACGAUUUUAGGUUUUCUCGUUAGGACUAAGAAUCAUUACGCCACUACUAUUUCCCUUUAUCACCAAUUAGAAUUCAACCAAAUUCAACCAUGUAUUGUUACUUUAAGCACCAUCAUCAAUUGUUAUUGCCACACAGGUCAAAUGAGGUUUGCUUUUUCUGUAUUCGCUAAGAUUCUCAAAAUUGGUUAUCAGCCUGAUACCAUAACUUUGACUACUCUUAUCAAGGGUUUGUGUCUUAACGGUAAGGUUCAUGAAGCUCUGCACUUUCAUGACCAUGUCGUUGCACAUGGAUUUCGACUCGACCAGAUUAGUUAUGGUACUUUAAUCAACGGGUUGUGUAAAAUCGGGGAAACAAGAGCCGCCGUGAAAAUGCUGAGACAAAUUGAUGGGAAGUUGGUCAAGGUGGACGUGGUAAUGCACAACAUAAUAAUUGAUAGUUUGUGUAAAGAUAAGUUUGUAAUGGAUGCCUAUGAGUUAUAUUGUGAAAUGAUUGCAAAGAAAAUUUCUCCCGAUGUUGUCACUUUCAAUGCUCUUAUAUAUGGAUUUUGCAUUGUUGGUCAAUUGAAACAAGCAUUUGGCUUGUUCCAUGAAAUGAUAUCAAAAUUCAUCAAACCCGAUGAUUAUACUUUUAAUAUAUUGGUUGAUGCUCUUUGUAAGGAAGGAAAAGUGAAAGAAGCUAGGAAACUGUUAGCCGUGAUGAUGAAAGAAGGUGUGACACCUGAUGUUGUUACAUAUAAUUCAUUAAUGGAUGGUCAUUUCCUACUUAAUGAAGUGAGCAAGGCCAUGAAUAUAUUCUAUAGUUUGGCUCGAAGGGGAGUGGCUCUUGAUGUUCAUUCUUAUAGUAUAAUGAUCAAUGGACUAUCUAAGAGUAAAAUGGUGGAUGAGGCCGUCAAUCUCUUCAAAGAAAUGAGUUGCAACAAUAUUAUUCCUAAUUUGAUGACUUACAAUGCCCUUAUUGAUGGUUUGUGCAAAUCAGGGAGAAUCUCCUAUGCUUGGGAGCUUGUUCUUGAGAUGCACGAUAAUGGUCAACCAGCCGAUAUAGUCACUUACAAUUCUAUAAUAUACGCUUUAUGCAAAAACCAUCAUGUUGACAAAGCUAUUGCAUUAGUCAAGAAAAUUAAAGACCAGGGCAUUCAACCAAGUAUGUCCACAUACAAUAUACUUCUAGAUGGACUAUGCAAAGAAGGACAACUUAAGAAUGCACAAGAUGUUUUUAGGGAUCUUUUGAUUAAGGGUUAUAGUCUAGAUAUCCGAACGUAUAGUAUUAUGAUCAAUGGACUUUCUAGAGAGGGCUUGUUUGAUGAAGCAGAGGCCUUGUUGUCCAAAAUGGAUGACAAUGGUAUCAUUCCUAGUGCUAUAACUUAUGAAACUAUAAUCCGUGCGCUCUUUUAUAAAGAUGAGAAUGCAAAGGCAGAGAAACUUCUUCGCGAAAUGAUUACUAGAGGUCUACUUGAAGAGUAACUCUAGGGCCUGAAGCUAGCUUUAGACAGCAUCAAGUGAUCGAUAAUGCAGCUUUGUUAAAUAGCAGUUAUAAUGGUGCUAAAGCGUAGCAGAAUUUGAACAAUCGCUCCUGCUCUGUGAUAUUAUUUAGUACAAAGUGCUGUCAAAUAGUGACUAUGUCGAUGCUAUAGCCUAUAGCAUUGUAGCGUAAGUUUGAAUAAACCGUUAUUUCCUGGAUCGGUGAAAUAGAAAUACUGAUAAUGAAAAGAAAUGGACUGACUUACCUAUGAUGGCAUGUGGUUUGUUACUGGGACUUUAGGUGUUGAAGUUAUAGUAUUUGUUGUCCUGUGAUAGAAAAAAAAUAGUAAUGGAGAAUGUAAUGUGAUAGCAAUAAACUUAUGUUAUCUUGUCAAGGACAUACAUUUUUAUGUGAAUUGAUUUAUUCUUAAAGAUCUUCAUAAGUUGGUGUCAAAGGGGGAAACACUGUAUUUUGGCUUGGAACUUUCUGUCUUGAAGUUUAUUGUCAUUGGCUUACCUAAAGAUCUAUCCACGGGCAUGGAUUCCAUUAGUGCUUUUUACUCUUUAUGUCAACAUUCUAGUUCUAUUUUCCAGUAACAUUUUAUGCUGUUAUGUAUUUACUUUGAGAAAUGUGGUAAGAUGUAGUUUGCAUACCAAAUAAUACAAUAAUAAUUAUUCUGAUUUAUAAAAAAUAUGCUUUGGUA